UUAAGCGAUUUUACCGAUUUUACCCAUGUUUUUACCAGUUUUUGAGACUAAGCGACUUUAGGUAGAAACUGAAAUGUUUUGGUGGGCGAGAUACGUAAAAACGUAAGUUUUACGUUUUAAUGUGCGAUAUUGACUGCACUGGCAGCUGGUUCUGGUUGAAAGUCCCAAAACGGAAACCUGCUGCACCUGUGGUUGUCCUCGACGUGCUGCCGCCGGUGCCAUUGUUCGGCGAUGUGUUAGGUGGAGUCUGUGUCCCCGACAUUCUGUCGUUGGCGGCGGAAAAACCCUAGAGCUCGCUGAGCUCUGAUACCAUAACAAUUUGUAAAACAGAAUUGUGGAGAAGAAGCUCAGCUCACUCUGAGACUUCCUUCAGCUUAUAUAGCUGGAAUUUGAUUAAUCAAACUAUGACAGUUGUCCAUACAUGAUUGGUUCAAAUUAAACAAAACAGUGAACUUAACGGCUAAGUGGAAAGUAAACCAAACGCUGUCGUUCUCAUAGAACACAUCAGCUUAAAACAAAACACAGUCGUUUUACUUCUCUUCUUCUUCCUUUGUAUUGCGAAUCCUUCCCCAAUCUGGAUUGGCACUUCUGCAACUCUUCUCUUCUGCUUUCUUCCUGCAACUCUUCAAUUCUGUCACGAGCUGUGUUGAUUUGCCCACUUUAAAUACAAAUUUAGAUCGAAAAUGAUCAUUCAAUUUUUAAUAUAAUAUGUGCAAAGAUAAAACAACGAAUUUACUAAAAAUAUUAAUUGAACGACCACCUUAUCAGUAACCCAAGAAUUAAGUGACUGUUUACAUAAUUUACCCAACUUUUAACUCGUCCCGAAAUAUCUUUAACCCAAAUAAAAUCAUUUUUUUAUCGUAUCCGGCACGAAGACCUAGUGCACGCUGAAAAUUCAAAGCCCGGGCCCAACCGUCGUAGUCGCCGAUAAAUACGACAACGUAGUAAAGUCCCUUCUCACACACUCUAUCCACUGAGCUCCACUUACGUGUACAAAUUUCCUUCUUUUCCUCCCAGGGUGUUUCCAGUAAUUUCACCCCGCUCCCAAUCCCACUUGCUUGCAGAAAUAUCAGGCAACACGUGUCGCCUCGAGACUCGCUGAUGCCAAACCAACCACCGUCCGUCGCUGAAUUCUCUGAAUAGCAAACUCUACAAAUAUCUUCCGUCCAUCUUUCCUCCUCUCACUGGCUCACACUCCACACAUUUCUGAUUUCCUCACUCUCUCUCCCGGCAACCAUGGAUAAACUCUCUCUCCUCGCCAUCACCACCGUCCUCCUCAUCUCCGCCGUCACCGCCGCCGUGGAGGAUCCGAUUAUCCGGCAGGUCGUGUCCGGGAUCGAGGACCAGCUCUUGAACGCCGACCACCACUUCGCCAGCUUCAAGUCCAAGUUCGGCAAGUCGUACGCGACUCAGGAGGAGCAUGACUACCGAUUCACCGUCUUCAAGGCCAAUCUCCGCCGCGCCAAGCGCCACCAGGCCAUGGAUCCCGACGCCGUCCACGGCGUCACCAAGUUCAUGGACCUCACCCCCAAGGAGUUCCGCCGACAGUACCUCGGCAUGAGAAAGCCGAAGAACAAGCUCGGCCUCCCGGCCGACGCCAACAAGGCUCCCAUCCUCCCUACCAGCGAUCUCCCCGACGACUUCGACUGGCGCGAUCACGGCGCCGUUGGCAAGGUCAAAGACCAGGGCGGUUGUGGAUCUUGCUGGGCGUUCAGCACCGCAGGAGCUCUUGAAGGAGCUCAUUUCCUCGCCACUGGAGAGCUUGUGAGCCUUAGCGAACAACAGCUCGUGGAUUGCGAUCACGAGUGCGAUCCGUCGGAGUACGGAGCUUGCGACGCCGGCUGCAAUGGCGGACUGAUGACCUCAGCCUACGAGUACACUCUCAAGGCCGGCGGGCUGGAGCGGGAGGAGGCUUAUCCCUACACCGGAACGGACGGAACCUGCAAAUUCGACAAGAGCAAGGUCGUGGCGUCCGUGUCGAACUUCAGCGUGAUAACAAGCGAUGAGGAUCAGAUCGCUGCCAAUUUGGUCAAGCACGGCCCUCUCUCAAUCGGGAUCAACGCCAUCUUCAUGCAGACAUACGUUGGUGGAGUAUCCUGCCCUUACCUCUGCCCGAAGAGCCAGGACCACGGCGUGCUGCUGGUGGGAUACGGUGCAGCCGGAUUUGCGCCGAUCCGGCUGAAGAACAAGCCUUACUGGAUCAUCAAGAACUCAUGGGGGGAGAGCUGGGGAGAGGAAGGGUACUAUAAGAUCUGCAGGGGAACUGGGAAGAACCUCUGCGGGAUGGAUACCAUGGUGUCUUCUGUUGCUGCCAUUAGCGUAGUUCCUCAGUAAUUUCAUUGUGAGUUGUGAAUGAAUCUGCUGAAGGUUG